CAGCUUUGCUUGAAAUAUAGGUCGAAAAACUCAACCCAAUUUUCUCUUAUGGUCGAUUGAAAUGAAAUUUCUUAGUACAGUACUCUGGUGUGUAUGGGAGAGUGCAGGCUGAAACUAAUUUUAUAUCCACAACCUAUUCAGAAUCAGAAUUCAUUGGAAGUUUAUUUAGCAUGGAAACUACACCAGUUUAGUUUUGAAACCCUAAAGCCACAAGUUUGUUUGUGCAUGAUGCUCAGAUAUGUUAGCCAUAGCUGGACCAAAUUGGAUGACAUUUUUUGAAGGAACCCAAGGAUACCCUGGGAUAAGAUAAGUUAAUUUUUUUCUUUAAAAAUAAUUUUUAUAGAAUUCCAUUUUUUUAUUACUCGGGCAGCGCCGGGCACUUCAUCUAGAAAUGUAUAUAAACAAAAUUAUAAUAAACAAAGAAAGAGCUAUAGGUUAGAUAUUUUAAAGGUUUUUGUUUGUUUGGAUGAACCAGAAGUUAUGUGGGUUGGAGUUAGAGCUAGUGAUCCCCUUUCCUUGGCAUUGGAUAGAUAUUGAUAUAUUUAAAUACAUAUAUUUAUAUACAUACAUAGAUAUCUUGAUAGUUUGUAUUGUUCUGUGUAUAAAUGUUGUCUCUAUAUAGAUUGCUGUUGGAUAAGAUUGCCAAAUGUUUCUAGCCUAGUAUCAGAGCCAAUAAUAGAAACUAUAGUCCCCACAGCCUUGCAGCCAAUUUAGGAUAAUAAUAGAAAUCUGCGGAGCAAAAACUAAUUUAACCAUUUAUUCAGUGGGUAAACCUGGUUAUGAAACUGUUCGGCCUGAAGAAUUCAACUAGAUUUUUUCUCCUGAAUACGAGUUGGUUUUGUAAAUCCCAAACUUCUAAUUCUGGUUUACGCAGACCUAGAGCAGGACUGGUUUCAGAUAAAAUCAUGAUCCUUGUGAUCAGCUGCAGUCUACUGCCAUUUCUUCAAAUUGUACAGAGUCAGUUUAGUCGACCAAUUCCCCCUGAACAGUUAUAUGAAGACUUCUUUCAAGGGAACCCAACCUGUAUAGACAACAGGGAACCUAUCAGUGGAUCAUGUUGGACCAAUCAAACACAGAGAAUUGAUUAUACUUGUAGAUAUAGUCUAUUCACGUGUCCUUGUUGUGGAGAAUAUUAUACAUAUUUAGAAUUGGGUCGUUUCUGCACAAGAUUUUGUAAAGAAAAAUUGGUUGAAGAAUGCCUUCCUCCCUUAAUCAAAAUACCACUUAAUUUCGGAGAUGAGCCUGAAGAAAAAGAAUGCAAUGAAGAAGUAAAAAUUAUUCCUCAACCCGUUCAACGUCCACGAGUGCAGCCUACAGCGCCUACGUCCACAACAGGGCCACAGUUCUCUUCCACAAACCCCACAAAUACACGACCGCAUAAUGCAGUUAUAUUCCCAGACGAUGUGGAACCAUCAACUACAACAACAAUUAGAGAUAGUUCGGUAAAUUUCGGAACUGCACAAAAAGAAACUGAAACAAGAAAAACAACUAAUGUCCAAGAAUCAAACGGACCUUCUUCACUGGAUCCUAGACCCUCUCAAGCAUCAUCAGGAUUUCAACCUGGACUUCAAUCACCUAUCAAACAACCUGGAUUUCAAUCAUCCAGCAGGAGAAUUGGAUCUCAAUCGUCCAACAGAAGACCUGGAUCUCAAUUAUCCAACAGACGGCCUGGAUCUCCAUCAUCCAUAGGAUCUCAAUCUUUUGAUGGAGAAUCUGGAUAUCAAUUAUCCAAUGGACAACCUGGAUAUCAAUUAUCCAAUGGACAACCUGGAUUUCAAGCAUCCAAUGGAAAACCUGCAUUUCAAGCAUCCAAUGAACAAUCUGAAUUAGGAACAUUCAAUGGACAAUCUGGAUUUAAAUCAUCCAAUGAACUACCUGGAUCUCAAUCAUCCAAUAGACAGCCUGGAUUAGUAACAUCAAAUGGACAAUCUGGAUCAGGAACAUCUAAUGGACAACCUGUAUUAGGAACAUCUAAUGGACAACCUGGAUUAGGAACAUCUGAUGGACAACCUGUAUUAGGAACAUCUAAUGGACAACCUGUAUUAGGAAUAUCUAAUGAACAAUCUGAAUCAACAUUAUUUAAAGGAACUACAGAAACAACCAGACCUCAGAAAUCUGAACAAGAAAUACAGUUUGAUAAUAAAAGCCGUGAAACAAAAUCACAAGCUGGAUCUGGAUCUGCAUCAAGAUCAGCGGUACAGCUAACAAACGAAGAAGAAAAACCUCUGGAUGGUGCAAUUGAAGUACAACAAGACAAUAGCAGAAUACAUUUCAUAAGAAUAUUUGUUUGAUAUAAUAUAAUCUAAAAUCUGCAACAUUCAAUAAAAUUGAUGAAAUUUCCAUUUA